UCUCCUGUCCAUGAUCAAUCAUGUUCUUCAUGUCUUUACUCUUGUUCUUUAUUCUCUUCAUGUCAAAAAGACUCGUCUUGCAGUCGAUGUUCAGGAGAAACUGAACAUAGGUAACUCAAUGAAUACUCGAGAAACUGAAGUAAGAGGAAACCGACUCAAGAAUCUAAUCUAGAUAGCAUUGGUGCAAGACUAAUGCAGCGUAGAAGGACCAAAAUGGCCUUCAAAAGAAGUUUGGGACGAAAAACCUAAACUAUCUCUCAGUCUUUCUCUCCCUCACUCUGCCAUUUCCCUCUGUUAUGUUUCUUUUGUUGUUUGUUCAAGCUCCUUGAUAAAUCUAACCUCUUUUGUUUCCCUCUCUUUUAUGUAUAUGUAACAUUACUCUCUCUAUUGUCGACCAAAUCAAAGACCAAAAUAUCGCCAUCAUGGACAACGCUAGCAACAGCAAAAUUGUUACUGAGAUGCAAAUGUUGCAACAAAUACUAUAAACGCAGCAGACAAUGCAAUAUCGACAAUAUGAGCAGCGUGAGCAACAAUAGGAGCAGCAUGUGAUUAGGCAAAUAAAUUUCCUGUAGAACUUUUCAUAGACACUCAGCUAUUGCUCCACCAGCCUAUUAGAUGCAAGACACUGAAAUCAAAUCUGAUAGUCUUAUAUGCAAAGAUUAACAGUUGUUGAAAUGUUAAAAACUUAAAAGUUGACGUGGCCAAGACUAACGUGCGCUAUUAUAAUGUCCACCGUCAACGUUGCGGACCAUUUUAACGUUGCGGGCCAUUUUAUGAUAAGAAAACAAAAGUGAAUUAUAAUCCUGAUAAGUGGCCAGAUUUGGUGCGUGUCAGGGAGAUGCUAUACUUACCAGAUCUGGACAACCUAUAGUCUUCUGAUGUCCUUUUCCGGUAACCUAACUUUGCUCCACCACUCAAUUCACUAAGAAAACAAACGUGAAUUAACAUCUUGACAGAUGCCCUUCUCUCUAUAAAAGACGAAAGAGUUCUUAAGAGUUUUAUUCAUCAAACAAGUAGAAAAAAUAACAUGUCGAUUCAAAAAAGCUCAUCGAUCCCUUUAAUGGUCGAGAAAAAACUCACCGAAAUGGUGAAACCACUAAAGCGCAUACCUUCACAUACUCUUUCUCUUUCAACACUUGACAAUGCUCCUUACAACGAAGUUAUUUACAAGCUAUGUUACGUUUUCAAAGCCAGGAACGUCGUUGGUGAUGAUAACCAGCCGGGAUAUUUGGUUAGGGAGGCUUUGUCUCUACUUCUUGGCUACUACUACCCACUUUCGGGGACUAUGAAGCGGCGGGAGACUGAUCGGAAGAUUCAGUUGAGCUGCGGCGGCGAGGGAGGCGGUGUGCCGUUCACGGUGGCUACUGCAAACGUGGAGCUUUCUUCUUUGAGGUAUCUAGAGAACAUUGACUCAGAUACAGCCUUGAAGUUCUUGCCAGAGCUUCGAGUGGAUAAGGAUGGUUAUCCACCUUUUGCCUUGCAGGUGACCAACUUUGAAUGUGGAGGCUUCAUCUUAGGGAUUGCUCUGUCCCAUUCAAUGUGCGAUGGAUAUGGAGAGGGACAUAUCAUGUGUGCCUUAACGGAGUUGGCCCGGGGGAAAAAGAAGCCACUGGCGACGCCGGUUUGGGAAAGAGAGAGGCUCGUGGGAAAGACUAAAGAAAACGAUAAACAUUCUUUUAUUCCCGGGGGCGACACGGCUGCUUCACCCUACUUACCUACUGAUGAUUGGGUAACUGAGAAAAUAAAUAUUAGAGCUGAGAGCAUAAGAAAACUGAAAGAAGCUACAUCAAAAGAGUGUGACUUCUCUAAUGAGACACUCACUACUUUCGAAGUCGUAGGGGCUUAUUUGUGGAAGUCAAGAGUUAAAGCUCUGAGUUUGGAUGGAGAUGGAGUCACAUCUUUGGGUGUAGCUGUAGGAAUCCGAAAUGCAGUGAAUCCACCUUUGCCCGAUGAAUACUACGGUAAUGCAUACAUAGACGUGUACUUGCCAUUAACUGUUAAGGAAGUGGAAGAACAUACCAUCUCAGACAUCGUGAAGCUCAUAAAACAAGCAAAGAGAAAGGCAUACGAUAAAGAUUAUCUCCAAGAAGAGCUUGCGAACAUUGAAAGUAUCAUCAAUAUGAACUUAACGAUCAAAGGUAGAUUUUGUUUGACGGACUGGAGGAACAUAGGGAUUUUUGGAUCGAUGGAUUUUGGGUGGGGUGAGCCGGUGAAUAUUGUCCCGGUGGUUCCAGCAGAGAUAGCUAGAAUUGUUAGUAUGUUCAUGCCAGCGUCGAGGUUAGAACCUUCAAUGGUCGGAGGGGUUCAAGUCAUGAUUACGUUGCCAAGAGCUGCAAUGGUUAAGUUUAAAGAAGAGAUGAAUGCUCUAAACUGAAACUUUUUUCUUUGAUGUGGGAAUCUUAAUAAAUAAACAUCAAUAAGUGUAAUAAUUUACACCAAAAAAAUAAGUGUAAUAAUCUAUUCACAAAAAGUUAUUACCAUUUACAUUUAGACUG